GUCGUCGGCCAGCUAUAUCGCCGCACGCACUGGUUGAUUCACACAUUUCGACGACGGUCUGCCCGUGCCGCACUAUGAUUCUGGUGGAGAUUUCACGUGCCGUCCGCUGAGGAGCCGCCGCGACGUUUUAUUCUUUUUUUCACGAAAAACCGACGACCACAAACGGCUUUGUAUAUAAUCGAUACUAAUCAGUAAUAAAACGACGAUCCGCCCAACACGCGAUACUAUUACACUGAUAUAAUAUAAUAUACGCACAUAUAAUAUCGUUGUUGUUAUUAUUAUUAUUGUUAUCAUUAUAAUAUUAUAAUCGCGGUGCGCAACAAAACACAUCAAAAAUGUACGGGCUUUUAUUGGAAAACCUCUCGGAGUAUAUAAAAAAAAUGUACGGCGAAGACAGAUGGGAAGAGAUUCGGCGAAUGGCCAAUGUGGACCAACCUAGUUUUAGUGUACACCAAGUGUAUUGUGAAACGCUUAUUCCACGACUAGCGAAAAAAUCCCAACAAGUGCUUGGAAUUACGGAAAAAGAAUUUUUUGAACAAAUGGGAGUUCAUUUCGUCAGUUUUGUCGGCCAAUAUGGUUAUGAUAGGGUACUAUCGGUAUUGGGACGACACAUGAGAGACUUUCUAAACGGUUUGGACAAUUUACAUGAAUAUCUUAAGUUUUCAUACCCAAGAAUGCAGGCGCCUUCGUUCAUUUGUGAAAACGAAUCUAGACAAGGAUUGACAUUGCAUUACCGUAGUAAACGCCGCGGUUUCGUGUACUAUACUAUGGGCCAAAUAAAGGAAGUGGCUAGGCAUUUUUAUCACAAGGAAAUGCGCAUUGAACUAGUUCGUGAAGAGAUUUUAAUGGAUACAGUGCACGUGACGUUUCAAUUGAAAUUUGAUAAUAGAGCGUUCACAUUAGCAUCGAUGACAAUGACAAGGGAGGAAAAACAUCUUCCAAUAAGUGCAUCGGUGCUGUUCGAAAUAUUUCCGUUUUGCAUUGUGUUCAGCUCCAAUAUGAUUGUUCAAAGCAUUGGCAACUCAUUGAUGGUCAUUUUACCAGAUCUAGUUGGAAAACGGAUUACUAAUUGGUUUGACCUUGUUAGACCUUUGAUAGCUUUUAAAUUUCAAACGAUUUUGAAUCGAACGAACAAUAUUUUUGAGCUAGUUACUGUUCAACCAGUGCUUUCUAAUCGACCAACAGACAGACACGUCAUUCUAAGCGAUGAAUCUUAUUUUUCCCCAGAAGAAAACAAACUUCGAUUAAAAGGACAAAUGAUUUAUAUGGACAAUUGGCAAAUGAUGAUGUACUUGGGUACGCCCGUGAUGCCUGAUCUCAAUGCAUUAGUUACUACCGGCCUAUACAUAAAUGAUCUCUCCAUGCACGACUUCAGCAGGGACCUAAUGUUGGCAGGGACACAACAGUCGGUUGAAUUAAAGCUGGCACUAGACCAAGAGCAGUUAAAGUCAAAAAAACUGGAAGAGUCGAUGCGGAAACUAGAUGAAGAAAUGAAGCGUACUGAUGAGCUGCUAUAUCAGAUGAUACCCAAACAAGUGGCCGAUCGACUGAGGUCGGGCGAAAACCCCAUUGACACAUGCCAAAUGUUUGACAGCGUGUCCAUAUUGUUUUCGGACAUUGUCACGUUUACCGAAAUAUGUAGCAGAAUCACCCCGAUGGAAGUGGUUUCAAUGCUUAACGCCAUGUAUUCUAUAUUCGACACACUAACUGAACGGAACAAAGUCUAUAAGGUGGAAACUAUUGGUGAUGCAUAUAUGGUUGUUUCGGGUGCACCGAUGACUGAAGACAAUCACGCAGAGAAGGUGUGUGAUAUGGCAUUGGAUAUGGUUGACGCCAUUACAGAUCUAAAAGAUCCGUCGACGGGGUCUCAUUUGCAAAUCCGCGUCGGCGUACAUUCCGGAGCAGUGGUAGCUGGUAUUGUCGGCUUAAAAAUGCCGAGAUACUGUUUGUUCGGUGACUCGGUCAACACCGCAUCUCGAAUGGAAUCUACGAGCGAAGCAAUGAAAAUUCAUAUAUCACAAACCACCAGAGAUCUGAUUUCAGCAUCGUACAUGGUCAAAGAGCGUGGUGAGAUUUAUGUGAAAGGAAAAGGCGCCAUGAAAACGUAUUGGUUGGAACACCGGGAAAGCCGACCACCAUUAAGCCGGGUGCUGCCGCUGGCCAAUUCCGAUUUACCAGAAUUGGAGUGGGAGCGUAGUGCCGAUACGGUAUUUGACAUUGUGGAACGCAACACUGACAUGACCAUGCAGUUGGCCGAAGACAGGAUCAGGACAUACUCGCCGGUAACAUUUCAAGAAGUGGCAAGACACUCGAUAUCGCGUUCACCAGUUAGAGAAUAUUAUCGAGAGUCCCGAUCGAAUUCAAUAAGUUGCACGCCCAUCGUGUCGCAGAAAGAGCUGCAACGGUUGACGUGUCUGAACAGGAGCUCGUCACCGCUGUCGCGGUUUGCGAGGAAAAUCGAACAGCUACCGAAGCCGCCGGACUGCACUUCCACUGCAGCUGUCGCGGUCGCCGUCCAGAGACACAGAUACGUGAGAAACGCGGUGGGCGGCCGUGGCGGCACGCAGACGGCUCCGUCGUCGCCGGAGACGCACAAGGAAGAGGACGUCACGGCCGAUUCGUCACCGCUACUUCCGGUAGCGUUUCCGGAACCACCCGCGGAGUCGGCGGCGAUUUCGCAGUCGCCACCGCCGCCGCCGCCGCCACCACCACCACCGCCACCGCCGCCACCGCCGCCGACCAUCAAGUCCAAUCCCGUACUGGUGCACGUGGCCGAUUACGUCUCGUCCGAUUGCGUGGACAGCGUCGAUUCAGACGAUCAGCGGUCGCUGCAGACCCGAGACGCGGACGACCUGGGUGGAUCGGACGUCGGAGCGGAGGACCACCCGCACCCUUUCCCCGAGUCAUCCGACGACGAUCUACCGCCGGACAACGACGACGACGACGAUUUGGACCUGUCUUCGGCCGGUCCCACCACUCCGCCGCCCAGAUCGUCGCCUUCGUCAGCGUCGCCGACCGACGCCGCCCGAGCUGUAGUGACCACGUCCAAGUCGGACGGGCAGAUAUACGGCCGGCGGCGGCGGUGUGCAGACGACGAACCCGACGACGACGCGAGCACGUCCAGUCUUAACCGGCAGACUCAGUGCUGCAUGAGAUUCAAAACGCACCCGAAGUCGUCCAGAAAGCGAUCGCAGUCCCACUCCUGCAAAUUGAUCUAAUAUGUCGUCGUGCAUCGCAUCACCCCAAAAAUUCGCUCGUGUAUAUAUAAUAUAUAUUAUAUUCCGCUUUUAUCACGCGCUGUUGUCCGCGAGUCGUAAAGUUAUACUAUAUAGGUACUAUAUAUGUAUUCUGUAUAUAUGUGUGUGUGUGUGUGUAAAUUGUUUUUAUUAAAAAUGUAGACUAUAGACUUGUCGUGGUAACCGACAUGCGGAUCGAUUGAAAUAAAAUCAUCAUAGUAUGUAAUAGAUUCAUUACCAUAUGCGAACACUGCCCAAUGUAGUCGAAAUCAUAUCGCAUUCAAUAUUCAUACAAUCAUAAUUAAAUUAUAUGCGCUUAAAUCGAUGGUAACGAUGUUUUGGGUUGUUUAUAAAAACCCGUUAAAGUUUAUUACCACCAAUACCUAGUCCAAACAAUUGAAUCGAUAUAAAAAAAAAAUUCGACAAAGUUUAAAAUUUCAUUGUACAAAUAUCAUACCACAAAUCAGCCCCCUCUCCCGGUUAGGUUAAAAAGUGUGCAACAACCGUGUAUAUGUUUAAAUUUCUCCAAAAUUAUCAAUAAAUUCAUCCUCCUUUAAAUUUAGUAAAAUAAACUGCAGAAAAGUAUGUGGCAUGAGUUUUUGAGAGUUUCUGCAUAUUUAAAGCUUCCGGUUUAUUUUUCUGAAGCCUCAUACUAAACUGUUGUCAUUUUAGAUAGCAUAUCAUAAUCACAUGUAUACCUAUAGAUAAUAAAGUGGUGGAUUUUGUGUGUGUGUGUGUGUGUGUGUGUGUGUGUGUGUGAGUGAUACGAGUAAAAUGUUUACAAUCAAAAUAUCAAAUUAAAGAUAUUAGUACAUUUUAUUUACAUGAGAAUAGUAUAAUAUUUCAAUAACCUAUUUUAAAUAUAAAACACAAGUAUGAAAGACCAAAAAAUAAAAAAAAAUAUAGGUAUUCAUGUAUUGAAUUGUAAUUUUUUUUUUUACUAAUAUUCGUUCUUGACCGAUUAUGUAUAUGUUUUGCAUAUUAUCUUCUUAUUAUAUUAUACAACAAUAGGUUUAGUUCCUAAUUAUUACUUGAAUUUCUUUAAUAUUAAUAAUAUUAUGUAUAGUAAUUUUUUCAAUAUUAAGUUAGAUAAUUUUAAAUCUAUACCUUAUAAGAUUUACGUUUUCCGUGAAAAAUUGACAGGCCUCUAACAUUUUUUUAACGAUCCCACAUGGGACGAAUACAUAGCUGAAAUGAGAAACAUUCCAGGAAUAAUAUAAUCAGAACUGAGUUUAUUUUCAAUCUCUCCCAAUAGACUAUCUUUUUUUUAAAUUAAUUUUAUCAUACGCAGUGGUUUAGGUAUCAUAUAAAAUAUGUAUUCAUAACUAUUUAUUUUCUAAGGAUUUAUAAAUAAUUCAAUAAAUAUGUUAUUCUGAUAUCAUUUAUUAAAUUAAAUAGAUUUUUGCAACGACUUAUUUAGAUAAGUAUUAUCUAAUCAAUUAAUUUAAGUUUCCCAUUUCAAAAAUAAAAUGUCCCGUUAAAACAUUUGUGUAAUAUUGUAAUAAACCUCAGAUUUUCAGAUUUUAUAAAUUAUAUAUUAUUAUGUUUUGUACUCUUGGUUUCAAUAAUUAUUUUAACUAGAUUUAGAUGAAUAGAUAAAUCACAAAGUUGGCAUGUUCGAUUGAAUCGGCCAAAAUAAUUUAGCUGGUAAUUUUCGAACUUUUAAUUUGUACAUUAAUUUACUUAUCUUUGAUACUUUUAACUAUGAGUGGUUUGAAUUUGUUUUAAAAUUAUAUACAUUGUUUAAGUUCUCUUACAAUUGAAUAAUUUACUUUUGUAUACAUUAUAAGUCAUAUAAAUACUAUACUUUGUUUUAUAUUAUAAUAUAUCGCCAUUUAUAUUAUCCACA